AUGCCAAGACCAUCUAAAAGAAAAUUGCACACAAGAAACCUAGUAAAUAGUAAAGAAAGAAAUUCUAAUGGAACUUUUGGUAUUAAAAAAACAAAAGAAUUGAAUGAUUCUUCAGUAGAAGCUCUCAAACAUGGUGACAAUGAUAUUAUCUGUGAAGAAAAAGACAUAAAACAAAUAGAAUCAGAUGAUUCUUUGAUAAAAAUUCUUGAUGAUGAGUCAAAAGAUUACUGUUUUUUUCAAUCUAAAGAAUCUGAAAAUUUACCUGAAUUUUUGAAAAAUGAAUUAACAGAUGGUAAAAAUAAUAUGGCUUUUUCUGAAUACAAAAUAAAUUCUAGCUUAGAAGCAGCACAAAUAGUUUUUAUUGACCCUGCACCACUCUCAAACAUGGUGACAAUGAUAUUAUCUGUGAAGAAAAAGACAUAA